UUCACGUAAAAUCUCUAGCUCGCGAUUGCACGCCAUUGCUCUGCUGAGUUUAGAUUCUUUCGUUUUGUGGUAAUAUUAAUCAGGUGCUGCAUUCUAUAAAGCGACUAUGUCCCACACAAUUCUAUUGAUUCAACCUACAAAGAAACCAGAUAGUAGGACAUAUUCAGAUUAUGAAUCUAUCAAUGAGUGUCUAGAAGGCAUUUGUAAAAUAUAUGAAGAACAUCUUAAGAAAGCCCAUCCUCAGAGUCCAUCCAUUACCUAUGACAUCAGCCAAUUGUUUGAUUUCAUUGACCAGCUCCAUGAUCUUAGUUGUUUAGUGUUUCAGAAAUCCAGUACAACAUAUUGCCCCAGAAAUAAAGAUUGGAUCAAAGAAAAGAUUUACAUCAUGCUGCGGAAACAAGCUGGAAAAUGAACAAACUCUAUAAUUUCUGAAGUGUAAACAUGAGAUAUUGUUUAAGUUUCAAGGCAGCAAUGAAAAAAGGAAAUAUUAGGAGGAAGUCCUGCUGGUCUCCUGUCAUGCUGGCCCUGUAAACUUGUAAAAAAAAAACUUGUAUGAAAAUAGUAUGUAGCCUUUCUUUUGAUAAUUUAUAUCUUAUCUCGUAAAGAUUCGCAUCUUUAUUGUAGUCUCAUUUGUUUGUCAGCCUUGUGAGAUGACCUUUUCUAUGAAAUUCUGAUGCAAGUAUUCUCAAGGUAAAUAAAGAUACUUAACUUUGGAGAAUAAUCCAAACAGCAUUUUUAAAUAACUUGAACCAAAGUUGACCUUAAACCAAAUCGAAACUGAACUGAUUUUUAACUAGGAAACCUCUGGAGUUGACACAUAAUGGUUGGUUUUAUUGUAUCAGAACCUUAUGCUGCUAUAACUGGAACUAGAUGAAAGGAACCUGAGGAAUUUUCCCUAUAGUAUUUCUUAGAAAGUAGACUUUGAAAGAAUUUAUUUUAUAUAAAGGGGUUGUCUCUCAACAACAUUCUGUAUGCGAUGGUAGUACAUAAUGUUUUUAUUCUUCAGUUUGGGAAUCUGCCCACUGUUGGAUCUUUUAGAAAGUAGCAUCAUAUAAUUGUAAUUAAUCUUUUUCGUGUUGUGUUGGUAUUGUCAUGUUAAAGUGAAUAAAUUAGGAAACUCAUCUUUUAUUUCAAAGCUGUCAUUUAGUGAUAUUUUAAAGUAAAUAAAAAGGCAAUUUCAUGUGA